CCGUGGAGAGAGAGCGAGAGAGAGAUAGAGACACACAGAGAGUGAGUAAGAGAGAGAGAGAGCGCGGAGGGGGAAAAAAAGCAAGAAAAACAAGGAGUCAGGAGAAGGAACAAGGAGAUAAAAAAAAGUCGAUCAAAGCAGAUUGAGAGGAGGCUCCGGACAAGCGACUGCUGCGCAUCAAAGGAGGGACCUUACUGGGGACCUUAUUGGAGACCAACGCCAACAAAGCCGACUCCGGAGGCGGAAUAUAACGGUGACACACCAGAGCUCCUCUGCCCUCCUGAGGAUUCAGUGAGACAGGCGGAUCUGUGCGCCCGACCAUGGCCUUCCCAUCAGCCCCCUCCACAUUAUGGAGCGUCAGCUUAUUGACAAUACUAUUCGCAGCUGCGGUUCACAGCAACAUUUUCAAUGACGAUGACCCGUUGCAGCCAAUGACCUCAGAUGAAACGGUUUCUGUGGGGGGCACAGUGAUACUGACCUGCAGAGUGGCCGCGAGUGACAACUCCUCACUGCAGUGGUCCAACACUGCACAGCAGACCCUGUACUUCGGAGAGAAGAGAGCACUGAGAGAUAGCCGUAUCCAGCUGCACCGCUCAACACCUACCGAGCUCUCCAUCAGCAUCGCUGAAGUGCAGCUGUCUGACGAGGGCGAGUACACCUGCUCCAUCUUCACCAUGCCAGUGCGCACCGCAAGAGCCACCGUCACCGUGCUAGGAGUGCCCGGUAAACCUCAGAUCUCAGGCUUUGAGAAUGCAGUGCCGGAGGGGGGCAAAGUCACCCUGACCUGCACCAGUACAGGAAGCAAACCCCCCGCCAAGCUGCAUUGGUACCGGGGAGACCAGGAGCUGGAAGGGCGUCCAGACGUGGUGGAGUCCGUUCCAGACGAACCCACAUACAACGUGAGCAGCGAGCUCACCCUGGAGGUGAGCCGCAGCGAUGACGACGCCCUCAUCACCUGCGCUGUCGAACAUCCCUCACUCCACCCAGGGGACAAGAGGAGCGAGCAGACUCUGCGGGUGUUGUAUUCCCCUAACGUGGAGAUCUUGCCUCAGAGUGAUCUGCCUAGAGAGGGGGAGAAGUUUUAUCUACAGUGUUCGGCCAGGGGCAACCCUGAGCCCAUCCAGUACCUGUGGGAGAAGAAGGAUGGAGAGCUCCCCCCACUGGCCAAAAUCGAGGGUGCUUUCUUGCGUUUCGAGAUGCUCAACAAAUCAGAUAAUGGCGUCUACUUAUGCCAGGCUGACAACGGAAUCGGAAACAACCAGGGAGAGUACACACUCCUGGUGCAAGACGCCGCAAACAACAGUACAGACCCCACAGCCAUGUCAACCUCUUCGGGGGUGGACCACGCUGUGAUCGGAGGGGUGGUGGCUGUUAUCGUCUUCAUCAUGCUCUGCCUCCUCAUCGUCCUCGGCAGAUACCUCAUCAGACACAAAGGAACGUAUCUGACCCACGAGGCCAAGGGCUCGGACGACGCCCCCGACGCCGACACAGCCAUCAUCAACGCAGAGGGAGGCCACUCUGGAGCAGAGGACAAGAAGGAGUACUUCAUCUAGAUGGAAGAAGGCGAGGUGGAGGAGGAUAUUUUGGAGGACGUGGAGUAGUAGAGGAGAGGGGAGGAGUAAAGGAAAAAAACCUCCAUUUGUUUUCACGGCGCUUCAGUUCUUCACUCGGUUGGAGGGAUGAUGGGAGGGGAAGAGAGGGAAAGAACUGUGGGGCAGGAUAAAGCGAUGAGUUGAGCUUCAACUGGUACUACCCUCUUUGCAAUGAUACAGGGAAGUGAGAUUUUGCACUGACAUACGGACGAACUGAAGUUACACACUCCAAUACACACACACACCAACACACACACACACACACACACACAUAACGUGAGUCAGUUUUGUGGGAAAACUCUUCUCGAACAGACUUGAAUGCUCAUAGACCGUCAGAUUAACAAACACGAGCCUCCUACUAACAUGUCUGAAGUAUUUCUGACACAUUAACACAUUUUUACACAUGCAUUGUACCCUAUUUCUAACUGUCAGCGCCUUGAAAUAGCAAAAUUGUAACUCACAUUCCGACAUCCUGAGCUGAUAUUUCACUUCUCAUGUCAUGCCAACCUGUCUCUUCAACAUUUAAACCAAGCCAGCUCUGUCUUUUUCUUUUUCUUUUUCUCCCCCCCUCGCCCCCUCGCCCCCCCCUCCUCAUUCUGUCCAUUUAACAAGGCAGUAUCCCUCUGUAAACAUCUUAGUGUCAAAGCAAUCCAUCCAGCAAAGCAAAUUAUUACGGACAACUACAAUCUCCCCCUCUCAGUUUAAUUGUUUUAUGCCAUCAAAACCUCUUCCUGCAACCCUUGGUAUGAGCCAUCGAAUUUCCCACAACCCAACACCACACAACUUGCAACUCUCAUGCAAAAAUAGCAUUCCCCGCCAUGUGCUACCAAGCCGAGGGGCUCCAGUAUACAUAUAUAAAUAUAUAUAUAUAUAUAGAAUUAUAUAGCAUUCUUUUUACUUGACAGAAAAUGUUUGGUGUGCUGUAAAUACACUACAGGUUCUCUCUCUGUCCUCUUUCUAUCUUCUUUCUCUUCUAUCCCGCUCUUCUCUUUCUCUCUACAUCUCCCUCUCCUGUAUCUCAUACAGUCUGUUACUGCAUUACAGUAACUUAUAUACUCUUAAAAAAAAGCCUGCCUGUUUUUAUUAAAUGCGUGGAAAUGCAGAGUUGAAAAAUAUCAAUAUCUGGGGAAAAAAAAAUAAAAAUAACAACAAUGUUGCGAUGAAAAACUAACCUUAACUGCAAACAUUUGUAUGAGGAUGUUUUCCUUCUUUUUUUCUGUCUUUGUUCUUUUAUUUCUUUUGGAUUUUUGGGACUUAUGAGAGAUUUUCUCUCGUCGGUGUCUCAGUGUGUUACUGUCAGUGUUAACAGUUUACAGUGUCUGUCGGUUUGUCAGUUCUUAAGUAUAACUUCCAAUUUUGAUUUUGAGGUUUAGUGUUUUUAUUCUGUUCAUUUAUUUAAUUUUUUUUUUUGUGCACCACAUUCAGUGCCACUAUUUUCUCCCUAACCUGUUGGCCCUCUGCUCCCAAACACUGAACUGUAGCAAAACCUUGGUCGAACGCGGUUUCGAAAGGUGUUAAAAGUGUUUGGUGGAGUUUCACUGCCCAGCAUAUGUGGACCACUGUGGUCUUUCUUCCAUUCGGCCCCGUUGAACUUACUGAUUGACUCCGUCAUUGUUCUCGCUGCAGCAGACUGCUUUCUUGGCGAGCCCACAUGGCAUUAAAUUCAUUGAGUAGUGACAUCAUGACUUCCUCUAAGAGGCUGGCAGUCGCUGCUUCAGGGAGGUGAAAAUGCUUGCUUGCUUUCCACUACGGGGCCAAACAGGACUGCCUAUAUGCAUUUUGACAAACUUCCUGGCAAAAAAACCCUAACCUUUGUGUUAUUCUUUCCUUUUCUUUCACUGUGUGUGUGUGUGUUAUUGCACGCAGACAUCAUUUGCGAGUUUAGCAAAAGGUUCCCAUAAAUGAACGGUAUUUUAUCAAGGUUGGGAGUUCGCCUUGGCACUGGCAAGCUCCAUUUGGCCCGGUCGUGGAAAUUGAUUGCAAUCUGACUAAGAGGCUCUGGGCUCCAGACUGUACACAUGCCAAGGUUUGGCUAUGCGGGCAGGGUGCCGAGCUGGAGUCUGGGCUCCACUAACACUGAAGAAAGUCAUUUAAGAACUUAAGUGUCCUCUUCUCUUUUUUUUCCUCUGCACUGCUUGUCCAUUUCUUUUCAUUCUUUAAUCAAUCAUCCCGUCUGCGUCCUGAUCCACCUUCACCCGGCCUCUCCUCUCCUCAUCACUCCUUCCCUUCGUCUCCCCCCCUCCCUCCCUCCAUCUCUGAUCGAUGUCCGUUUCUCCUUGCUGGUCUCUCUCUCAUUCAGGAGUCCAUGUAGACGUUCAGUAGAAGUAGCGUCUUUAGGUUUGCCGGUGUGCGCUGAUGGCUUUCUGCUGCACUUUUUAGGAGUAUUGUGGAGACAAAUCCAUUUGCUGUUGUCCUACUAGUAGACAGUUAUGCCUGUGAUAGUUUUUGUACACCUUUUUUGGGAAUGUUCAGGGAUUGUACUUUUCGUAACUAUCCCCGCAUUGUCGUUAACUGCUACCUAGCUAGCUACUUUGAAAGCAAGUAGCCUGGCUAGUGCGUCUAUAAGCUAGCUAUACUUUAAAGGGUAAAGAUGACCCAAAGUGGGGGUCAGCGGUUGGAUUAUAUUUUUUUUAUUCCUAGAGCUCUCGGUUGAUUCGCUGUUGCAAACUUGGCAAAGACAGUGUUUGAAUUCUGUUUGUCGGGUGUGUAGACGUGCACCAGACAAGAUAAAACAAAGUGAGAUUAAUCUUUCAAAAGAAUUCAGAAAUCUGUUUAUCCCAUGUUUGCUCUUUAAUGCUCUUCAGUAUUUCACAGUUGUCAUGUCUGCAGACCAGAGGAUAGGCUUUGUCUCACAGAGCUUAUUGUCCACUUUGAAGAGUUACCCUUGAUUUGUAUUUCAACCCAGUCUAAUUCAGCUCUGUGAAUGGAGAAAGGAAUACCUGCCUCAUACUCAAAAACGUGUAGUGUCUUUUAAAAACUAAUGGACCUGUACUUGCCUGUAAUUUAUCGUCCUGUCUUUCGUCUUAGUUAAUGUGCUAGCAUGUAGCUUGCAUGAGAAAUGGUUGGAAAUGUAGAUAGUGUUGGAGAUGAGACGCUUCUCUCCUGAGACAAGAGCGACGAUCUGCCUGACUGACCUCCAUGCUGUUCUCUGAUCUGCAAACAUAGGCCAUGUCCCAGUUAAACCUGUGUGUACUUCCUCACCGCUGCAGUCCUCUGGAUAACUUUCCGAGGCAACUGAAAGAGGACGCAGUUGUGAGACGUGCCACAGCAUUGAAUUGGGAUGUGCAACCAGUCUAAUUCAUUUUUCAUUGCAUCAGUGCAGUAAUGAUUAGCUGUCACCAGAUGCCAGCAAACAGCAGCUUUUCUAUCCCCUCUUCAGUCAGACCGAGCUGUCCCGCCCCACCACUUGACUCUCACCAACUCCUCCUCAGGCAGUCGCACACUAGCUGCCAGUCAUCUCUUUUUUCUUUUUGUAGUUUGAACUAAUUGAUUUUUAAAUUAUGUUUUGUAAAAGGUGUGCAUAAUCUUAAAUGUAUUACUUUCAAUCCAAUUGAUAAUCAUUUCCUUUUCGUUUUUUAAACAAUUAGAUAUUCCAAAACUUGAAGGUUAGAAAUUUAGUUUUUGCAUAUUUUAUUGUUUCAACAGCCAUUUUUAUAUAAUUUCAUGUAUAUAGUGUUGCCUUUACUGGAAACUCUUACAAGCGCACCCAUACACACUUUGCACACACACUUUGGGGUACAUACACAUCCACACACAUAUCUGGAUAUGCACGGCAGGCACGACGUCUGUGACCAUGGUGUAUUUGUACAUAUGUGUGUGUAUGUGUGUUUGUGUAUGAGUGUGAAGUGUGUAUAUUUGACCCAAACAGACUCUGGAGACACUCCUAUGUGUGUUGCAUUCACAAAAACAUUAUUAUUUCAAUGACUAAAACAAUGUCUUUGUUUUUUAGCGUUGUUAUUUUGGAUGACAAGUCUUCCUUUUGAAUAAAUAUCCAUAUCACAUGAGAAUAGUGCUGUCAUGUAUGCUAAUUUGUACUAUGACUGAUGAUGUCAUCAAUGCGAGCCUCGACAGCAUGCUGUGGUGGGUUUGCGUCUGUUGGCUGUUAUGUUCAUUCAGUAUUUGAUUUGUUUUUGUUUUUUUGGGUUAAAAUACCAGUUCAGUUGUUGACUUCAAUAAACAUGCAUUUGGGUUAAUUUCAA